GUUCAACAAUAUUCGGUCGGGCAACUCAGGCUAGGCAUUAGCUGUACGGUCACGCCAGCCCAGUCGUUUUCCUUGGAGUCGCGAUUGUUUGGACAGUUGCUUGCUUUGCUUUCUCAUUGUAGCGGUAAUCUCCGUGUAGUUUGCACAAAUCUUCCAUUUUUCAACGUUUAUUACUUCAGUAUUGGCGUUUGAAGUGUGUGAAUGAUAAAAUAAUCCGUAAGCUACAUUCGCGUUAUGUUUACCUAAAUUCUUCGUUCGUUGUUAUUGUGACUCGUGUUGAAAUGCCUCGUGAAUACGUGGACCGCGAGGAGAGUUCCGCAGUGUUAUGUCAAUAGAAUCUCUUUCAAACAGUGUGAUUUUAGAUUGUAGUUUAGAAAAUUGUUUUUGACAAUGUCUAAUACAGUUCCGACUAGUUCUGCCCUAAGGGCCUUAGCCUUAGAAUAUAAAAGUCUUCAAGAAGAACCCGUUGAAGGAUUCCGGGUAAAGUUAUUAGGAGAGGACAAUUUGUUUGAAUGGGAAGUGGCGAUUUUUGGACCCCCAGAUACACUUUAUCAAGGAGGGUAUUUCAAGGCACAUAUGAAAUUUCCUCCAGACUACCCAUAUUCACCACCAACAAUUAGAUUUUUAACAAAAGUAUGGCAUCCAAAUGUUUAUGAGAAUGGCGAUCUCUGCAUAUCGAUACUGCACCCACCGGUGGAUGACCCCCAGUCGGGGGAGCUGCCCUGCGAACGCUGGAACCCCACACAGUCGGUCCGCACGGUACUUCUGUCCGUCAUAUCGUUGCUGAAUGAACCCAACACCUUCAGUCCAGCCAAUGUUGACGCCAGCGUCAUGUACCGCCGCUGGCGCGACUCCAAAGGCAAGGAUAAGGAGUAUGAGAAUAUAAUCAGAAAACAAGCGCAGGUAGCGCGAAUUGAGGCGGAGAAAGAAGGCAUAGUAGUACCCCUUACUUUAGAAGAUUAUUGCAUUAAAACGCAGGUCAAGUCGACGACACAGGAACCUCAGUUGGACAUGACAGACUUCUACGACGACGACUACGACGACCUGGACUCUGACUCUGACGAGGAGCUGGAGGGGGGCGCCGGGGACGGGGACGGGGACGACAGCGGCAACGGGGAGUCGUGAGGUCGUCGGCCGCGGGCCGCCGUCCCGGGACACUCACUUACGUUUACUACCUACACGACGAUAGAUCUUGAAAAAUGUUACGUUCCACGAGAAAAAGUGCCGGAGGGAAGUAGCUUAAAACUUUUCACUUGCCCAUUUUGAUUAUAGAUGUGCAUUGUGCAGAAGCGUUGCCCUCCAUAGGUCCCUUUCCUCGUGGAACGUCACAAAUAAUAAACGGUUUUUUAUACUACUGUGUCGAUUCCAUAAAAAACCCUUUAUUACACUACAGGUUAAUAAAAUACCUAGUUAAAGUCAAAAUGAGGCGGCCUUAUUGCUGUAAACGAUUUCAUGUAGGCAGCCUUAGAAAUUAGCUUAUAGUCACAGUCACAUGUCGAUUACGACCAUAGCUGUGUUCCGCUGUGUUGUAGCGAAUACAAUCUGCCAAACUAAAUUUUGAACUCCUUACAUAUGGGGUGCGAAAAAAAAGGCCUGUAGACAGCUCCCUUUUUUUCCUUUAUUUAUUUUCCAAGAAAAGAGUACUAAAAUUACAUGAUUUCUAAAAUUUUGGACAUAUCACACAAACAACGAAUACGCGUCUCAUUUAGCUCGGCUUCUGCAAGUUAAAAUAAUUAUGAAAGCUUAUGCUCAAUUUUAGUUUCUUUGUUGAAAAGUAACCUCUGUAAUCGCAACAAUAUUUUAGCAUUCCUUUUACGUUGAAACUUUGAUGCACCUAUAUGCAGUUUCUAGCUAUCUUCCCAGGCAUCCAAUCUGCUGAUUUAUUCCGAUUAUACACUACUAAAAUACUGAAAUACCAUCUGUAUUCCUAUUCUAUCGAUAAUUCUAUUGACAUCCUAUAAACUAGCAUUAUACUCAUUUUGUUGUUCUGUAUUGUUUGGCAGACAUUCUAUACUUCCUGUUUUAAAUUAUUAAUUUUAAUAAUAAAUAAAAUGGCGCAUGUCUUAUGAAUUUGUGAAGAGUUGAUUCGCUCACCACAAUUUUCUAGAUUUUUCGAAUUUUAUAAAUAGGAACAGAUGCUGUUUUUAUCAAGAUGCUAGAUUAGUGUUGUUAAAGUAUAUGAACCAGCAUAACCAGACACGCCCAGUAUUUUUUUAAACGAAAUUAAUAACAAACUCUUUCUAUAUACGAUCGCAGAAUGCCACUUGUUCUAAAGCUUCAAAUGAUGGACGACAGUAAUUCAAGGCGAUAAUUUAUUUUUGCUUGAAAUCGUAGUCUACACGCUGCAUUUUGAAUAAAACCGUAAUAACCGUAAUCUUGUAAAUCUAAAAUGCCAUAAUCUUGCUAUUACUCCAUACCUACCUAUCGAUGCAUUUUUUUCUCUUCGGUCAUGUACUAAAAUUUGUAUUUGAAAAAUAUGCAGAUUUGAUGUCAUAUUGCCAAUGAAUAUCUGUGUAUAAUGGGUUCCUUUGCGAUUUUCAAAAACAUGUUACUGUUAAUUUCAAUGAAUUUAUGUAAGUGAUGUUUUGAAUGGCAACCUUUACUUAUACAUUCAUACAGUAGAUUAUUUUUUUGAUAACGUUCGUCACGCUUGAACUGAAUCCUACUAAUAUUAUAAAUGCGAAAGUUUGUUUCUGUUUCACGUAAAAUCUGCUGGACAGAUCGCUAUGAAAUAUGGCACACGUGGAAUAACACAUAGGGUACUUUUUAUCCGAAUUCCAACGGGAGCGAAGCCCCGGGGCACAGCUAGUAAGUAAAUAAAUAUUUACUAACCGAAUAGUACUUCUAAUGUCCUUUGAAAUAACUAAAUAUAUUCAUAGUAUUUUGUAUUUCUUUACGUAAAUAUCUUAUCAAACAUAUUUAACGGAAUAUUUAUAACAAAUUUAAGUAUAGAAAUAUCAAAUUCAAUACAAGACUUCUGUGAUUGUUAACAUUGCAAUGAUGUUUCAAUUAUUUUUAUAAAUGUUUAGUUUAAUUUCUAGUUUAAUAAAACCCUGAUGGGUUACUUCGCUUUCAUUUUUUUAUUAUUAUUCUAAUUCUCAUUUGCUUUGUUACUGAUGAACUUUUUAAUAAAACAUCAUUUCUUUGUGUAAUAUAUAUUUAAAUUAUUUCGGUUUUGAGAGAUCCAAUGUACAGAGAUUAUAAAAUGACUUUGUUUGGGGAGUAUGCUCAAAUCAUGAUAAUACUAAAGAAAAUAACAGUAUAAUAUUAAGGUAUAAUUAACUAGAAUAAAAGCAUAUUAUUUUAGUAAUUCAUGAACGAAAUUAUUUGUAAUGUACAUUAAAUACUUCCUAAGCAAAUUAAUAAUUUUAAUAACUAGUGUGCACUAAGUUUAGCUACUUAACGUUUAGAUUAGACUAUCAACUGUUUUACGGUUUUGGCUUCAAAAUUCCUAUGAAAAGCUGCAAAUAAUAUCUCGUUAUGUAUCUUAUUAGAUGCUAUUUAUUACUAAUAUUAUACCUAACGCAUGAUUACUGUAUCUAACGUUUAUUCAUCACAGUUGAUUUUUUUUGUGGAGUGGAUUAAAAUCGUCCAAAACUUAUCAAUUAGUUUAAUAGAUUUAAGUUCGAUGUAAGUGGUUUGGAAAUCAUUAUAGGAAAAAUUCACGAGAGCGUUAAUUACAUUAUGAUAUAUGAUAAUAAUAAACAGAAUGUGUUGAAUGCGAAA